UUUUCGCCGGAAGUAAGGAGGUGUGUGUGUGUGUGUGUGUGUGUGUGUGUGUGUGUUUCUCUCUCUCUGCAGCUCUUAUGGGAACCACGGAGGGAGAAGGACGAAGAAGAUAAUAUGGAGUUCCACAGAGCUGCAGAGAUCAGCACUCAGUGGAAACCUCCACUAGACUACAGCACAUCCACCACAUCUACAUCCACAUCUACAGCCAAGUGUGUCACUCAGCAGGUUUCCGAGAGCAGCUCUCACACAGAGGCCUCCGACUCGGACGGGUUCCUGUCCUGUCCAUCAAAACCUGUAGUGGACAACCAGGAGUUUUCCAGUUCAGAAACAAACAACCAACAGGAUUUGAGGACCGCUCACUCUUCCUACUCCAGAUUGAACAUUUACUCCUCAGAAGACAGUGAUGAAGACGUCUGUGCCUCCAGACUGAGGAAGACUAAGAGCAUUCUGGAUGAGUUGUUUACUGACGAGUCGAACGACUCUGCGUCAGACAGCGGAGAGGAUCUUCCCUCGAAACCCGGAGACGAGAGCGAGGAGAGCAGCUCGGACAUCAGCGAGUGUCCUCGACCGAGUGUCAGCACUUACCGGAGGUCCAAGUUCGACGGCGUGGCUGUAAACAAGACCGAGAAAACGGAGGACGGGAGGAGAGUGUAUAAUAAAAAACACUACUGUCUGUUUUGCUCGAAACCUUUCAGUAAAAUCGCCAGACAUCUGGAGGACGUUCACUCGAAGGAAGAGGAAGUCUCAAAAGCCUGCAGUUUUCCAAAAGGCUCCAAACAGAGGAGGAUUUAUCUGGACGAGCUCCGUCUCAGAGGGAAUUACAUCCACAAUAUAGCCGUGCUGAAAUCCGGGAAAGGCGACCUGAUCCCGUACAAACGUCCGCGAGGGGAAAUGAAAGCGAGCGACUUUAUGCACUGCCCUCACUGUCAGGGCUUAUUCACCAAAAAAGUCCUGUGGAGGCACAUGAAGGUCUGCAAACUGAGUCCUAAAGAUUACGUUCCCAAACCCGGGAAGAACCGUACACUGUCUCUGUGCGCGGCCACGCAGCCGGUGCCGCGGAACAUCAGCCCGGAGCUCUGGAAGAUUCUAAGUGUCAUGGUCUCGGAUGAAAUCACAGAAGCCGUAAAGAGCGACAGCUGUGUCAUCCAGAUGGCGGAACACUGGCUCCGGAAGAGCGGAGAGUCUCCCAACAGUCAGUGCUUCAUCCGGCAGAAGUUACGGGAAUUAGGGAAGCUGCUGCUCAGCGGCCGCAAAGUGACGUCUCUCAGGAAACUGGAGGAUUUCAUAGACCCGUAUAACUGCAUGCAGGCGGUGGAAGCCGUGCGGCAUGCCUGUGAAUACAACAGCGAAAAAAACACCUACAAAAUCCCCUCACUCGCUAAAAAGCUGGCCAUUUGCCUGGCGCAGCUCAGUCGCCUCAUACGGACUAAAGUGGUGUUGCCGAAAAACGUGAAACUGGCACGGAAACUGCAGAACUUCCAAAAAAUCCACGAGGAACGCUGGAACGAUCUGCUGUGUGCGACGGUGCUGAGGAAUUCCGAAGACGAGGAGGUGAAAUUUAAACCUCCGAUGCUGUUGGCUUUCACAGAAGACGUUCAGAAGCUCCACGCCUUCCUGGACAAAGCGCAGGACGAGUUCACAGCGCUGUUAUCCGCAGAGUCGUCCACUAAACACUGGUCGGAUUUAGCCAAGGUCGCGCUGACGCAGAUCAUCCUGUUCAACCGGAGUCGAGAAACCGAAGUGGUGAGCAUGACGCUGGACACCUUUUUAUCCCGAGACAACUCCGAUCCUGCCACAGACAUCGACUGGGCUCUGACCGAGGUGGAGAAACAGCUCUGCCGCCAUUUUUACAAAAUCGUCAUCCGCCGAGACGGAGCGCGUCCCAUCCCCAUCCUGCUGACCCUGAAAAUGCUGCGCGCUCUGCAGCUGCUGGUGGAGAAGCGAGAGUCCUGCAGCGUGAUGAAGGACAACACCUACGUCUUCGCCCGGCCCUCGGCCUCGUCUCAUUUCAGAUGCUCCGACUGCGUUCGAAGCUUCGCCUUGAUUUGCGGAGCGAAGGAUCCUCAGGCGCUCACAUGUUGGAAGUUACGGAAGCGGAUGGCGACGUUGUCCACGGUGCUGAAUCUCGGAGACCCAGAAAUCAACCAGCUAGCGAGCUUUCUAGGACACGAGCUAAUCAUCCAGGAUGAGUUUUAUCCCCUGCAUGAAAGGACACUACAGCUAGCGAAAGUGCACAAGGUGCUAACGGCAAUGGAGCAGGGACGAAUGAUGGAGUUCAUGGGCAAGAACUUUUCAGAUAUCGACGUUCAACCUGAUGAGAAGGUUGAUCUGAGCAGCGACAAAGUGAAGAAGAGCUGGGAGUGUUCAGGUGUGAUUCCAGGCACGUGUCCGGGGAAAAAAGUGGCUCAGAAAAAGAGGAAAACGUGGAGCGGGCCUGAGAUCCAGGCGGUGGAAAAGCACAUGAAGGAUUACAUCACUUCCUGUCGAGUCCCCGGCAAAGCAGCGUGCGAGAACUGCAUCAGCGCCGAGCCUUUAACGCUCAAAAAGAGAGACUGGCAGAGCGUCAAGUUCUACAUCUACAACCGCAUCAUGGCACAGAAGAGAGAAGCCAGCCACAAAGUCUGAGGAGUUUUAAACGUCAAAUAAAUAAAUAAAUAAACACAAUGCUUUCAAACUGCAGCAUUAAAAACCACCUCACUGCUUAAACGUGUAUGUCACAUUACCACAGGGGGCGUGGCUUACAGGAGCAGGGUAAAACAAACCCUGAAAAAAUACCACGGCUGUAACUACCCCACUAGUCUUUAUAACUAACCUCAGAUCUGCACGAGUUAUUCUGUGAGGAAGGUUUAUAGUCCACGUUCACGCUAGCAGGCGACAUGUCUCACGUGAUGCUUUGUUUCCUGUGGGUGUGGCCUGACUAGAGUCUCUCCGUUAAUGCUAGCUAAUUAAACAGAUUAAUACACUGAGUGGAGACUCCAGCGAUCUCUGCUGCUCCCUUCCACACGUUCACGCUCAACUCAUCACCUCUGAUACACCAGGAGAAGAUUAAACACUCGGAGGAUCCUCAUGUGAUUGGAUCAGUCUGAGGAAUCGUUCCAGACGGUCGUUGGGGUUGUUGCGUCGUUCCAGCCUCAUGGCCAGGUUUGAGAUUGCCACGUUUUCAUCUCUCGCUUGUCUGGACACGGACUUCCUCCAUCAGCUCCAGUCUAUUUCCUCUCACUUUAUUCUCGAAUACAGUCACUCUUACUUAUCCUACAGGCUUAAGCAUCACUUCUACUUUUUUCUUCUUUUUUUUAUUUCCUGACCAAUCAGGUCACACAUGAGGCCAAGGAUGCUGGUGAGGAAAAAAGCCUAAAAUCUGGUGUAAAAAAAAAAAAAAUGUCUUAAAUGUGAUAAAUCUGAUCUAGAGAGCAGACUCGGGCCUGCAGUUUGCACAUAAUAGCUACGAUAUGCACUUACGUUGUCAUGGUAACAGUGUGGAAGCAGCCAAUCAAGCUGCAGUGUUUAUCUCCGCCGUAGCACUUACUCUGUCAGAUGACGACGAUGAUGAUGAUGAUUAUUUAUUCCCAUCAGCAGUAUGUCUUACGGAUCCACGGACGGUUCAGUUUAUAAACCCGUGUUAUUUUUCCCAGCUCAACUCUCCGGUUUAAUUCUGUCUGUGUGUGAAGGUAAUGGUGUAGUGUGGUGAUACUGAAGGUGUAAACGUUCACCUGCGUGGCAGAUUCGUGUCAGUAAUAAAAGCAGUGAGACUCGCUGUAGCUGUAGCUGUAUGUUCAGAUGUAAUGAAGCUUUUUCACAUGUUAUGAUGGUAUUAGCACACACACACACACACACACACACACACUGUGGUCACAGUUGUACUGCAUGACUUCUGUUUCUUUAUGUAACACCAAAACUUUACACUAUUUCAUAAUAAAUACAACUAACACACUC